ACAUAAACGUCAGUCAUGUCAAACUUUCCGACUAUGGGCCAAUAUGCAACCAGUCAGAAAGAACUAUGGGCAAACGAACCAGUCAAAAUAUGUACCACAGCUCCAGCUACGCAAAACAUUCCAUUCAUUCGCUUGCUUAUAACAACGCACCAUUCACCUGCGGCAUGGUGUGUGCCUACAUUCCUCUGUGUUUCGUUGUUUAGCCCGCAAAAAGUUAACUUCAAAUUGUAACGCUGUAACGGCUGGCGCAUAUGCAUUGCGUGUGUUUUGUAAAUAAAAAACAACAGUGAUCGUUUCAACUGCAAGAUCGCGUUUGGAUGUUAACUGAUUGUAAACAAAAAGUGCGUAUGAAAAGUGUCAUCCGUUUCGAAUUUCUCCAAGUGAUCGCGCGGUAACUGUUGUUUGUGUUUGGUAGGCCUUCUGUUUUCUUUUUUCCACGAAAAGAAACGAUCGGAGUUUUCUGCUAAUAAAAGCCGACCAAAAGUAAUCAUUGCCACCAUUUUUUUGUUCGUAUAUCGCGCGUUCCUCGAAAUGAAAGCCGGCGUCACUCACACAAACGGAUCAGCCUUGUGUCAUCAUAAUCUUUUUUUGAAGUGACCGCUUAUUACGCAUCUUUCUCACCCUUCGAAUAUAACGGAUAGAAGUGAGAAGAGAAAGGGUAGGAAAAGAAAAGAAGUCCUGUUGACCAUUACGGGAAUAAAGCAUUUUUGGUGAUUAGUGGCAAAUGCAAAUGGUUCAGUCGUGAUUUUCAUCCUACGGUGCAUUCCGAAUUGUGUGUUGUUGCUGUAGAGUUCCAUUUUUUAUUUGUGCGUAGUGAUCCAUGGUACCGUUGCAGUGCUAUUAAUUAAAGUGCUUAAAUUCACGGUCGUACGAUCAGCAAAACGCAUCGUACUAGUGUGUGAAAAGAAGGUUAAAAAUUUAACAUAAACCUACAAUACAUCAACGACGUCCGGAUCCAGCCAAGAGGAGUAAGCAAACCUAAAACCCGAAAGAGAACGACAACGAUCGCUGAUCGAUAAAAGCGGUGGCAGAGAAAGCUUUUUUUUUCUUCUUUCAUCACAUAUGUACUCGAUCGGGUUGCGGAAUUGAGGUUUGCGGAGCGCAAUCAAGUGGCCCGAACUUUUCACCCGAUCGAGGAAUUUUCACCGGGUGUGUGCUGUGCUUUCUUUCCAAGCAAAAAGAAAAAAGAAAAACUAGCCGAUUCACACUCAACACGCUAUUUUUAUUCGAUCACCGUCAGUCACGACGCAAAAUAGGUUCCACGGUUCCACCAUUCUUCCCAAAGUCAUGGACUAGGGGCCACUUUUAGACGGAAGCAUACAGGGCGUGGAAUCAUUCUUAUGAGUCGAGCAGUCCCGUUAUUCACACCUCUCAAGCUACGAAUCAUCUGUCGAACCCAUCUUCCAGAAGAAGAGAGGAUCAACAUGCUUAGGAUUGUGAUGCUGUAGAAAAGGGUUCCACUGCUAUUCACAGAUCGUUUGUACUAGGCAAUACACACAUCACAACCCCCCCUAAUCGAGUUACCGUGCAGCUUUACCGAAAGCUGUACACAUAUUUUAGCAUUCCAACCAGCAUCAACCGAAGCAUACAUCCAAAAUGAAUGGUUUAUCUACGCUUAACAGACUGUUAGGAAAAAGAAACAAAGAUGUUUCCAAAUCAACCUCCAACCUUAGUCGGUCCACUACCAACCUGGACGCUUCUAGUCACUUCAACAACAAAAUCAUACAGCUGCCAGUGGUGGCGAACGCACCGUUCGAGCAGACGUUCCGCGUGACGGUGUUACUGCCACGGGAUCAGCUAUAUGUGGCACGCGUCGGAGCCAAAACCAAACUUUCCACCCUGCUCGAGAUGGUCUGCAGUGACAAGUUGCUCGAUGCACAAAAGUAUGUCUUUCGCCAUCCGACCGACUUUCAGCAGGGCUUUGAGCUGGACAUGAAUAUCGGCGAGGUGGGAUUGAGCGAGGUACGGCUGAUGUCGCGAAAGGAGCUGGAAGCGUUACGUAACAGUGACUAUCGGCUGAGCACAAGCGACAUCUUCCGAAUGCAUCAGAAGAGUGCCCGUGAAACAUCUGGUGGUACGUCCGUCUCAUCGUCGGAUUUGAGUCGUACAUCGAAACUUCCACUGAAGACAACUUCACCGUACAGCUCAACGAAUUCGCUUAAUUCCAUGGACUCGUCCGGUGUUAGCUCAAGUUCCCGAGGUGGUGGUCAGGGUGGUGCAACGAAUGGUACCACUAGCAAUGGUAACAGCCAAAUGGGACCACCAGUAGCACCGACGCGUAAGAAGCGUCUCGCUCCACGUCCACCAAGUCAGAAUUCUAUUCCCGAGGUGCGUGUCCCACAGCAAGCGCAACAGCAUGCCAACGGAACAGGUGGUAAGCAUGGUCCUCCGGAUGAUCCCAUCUUUAAAGAACCACAGCUACCUCCGUACUCCAGACAAAACUUUCACGUAUCCACACCAAAUCUGUACGAUCGCGAAUUGAAAACGGCUGAUAUUAUCAAUAACAAUACCGGCGUGAGUACAAACCACACUACCAGCGAUCGUAAUGGAUACUCUGCGGAUGUGCACAACAACAAUAACAAUGUUCAUGAUGCGCAAACCAAGCUGCUGGAGGAGGAAGAUCGGAAAAACCUCAUCAACACGAAGACGUCGUACAGUACGCUCAAAAAUCGACCAACGUCGAUGUACAUUAUACGCGAACCGGACACAAAUACGCUGCAGCGAACGAGCGAAAAUGGUGGCAGCAUGGUCGACAUUCAUCAUCACCAUUCGCGGGCCUCGUCCAGUUGCUCGGAUGCGAAAGAUCCGCGGGACUUUCAGGAUAUGCCUGAACCAACGCCCCGAAAGCGCUUGAACUCUAGUGCCAAAAAAUCCAAAGCCCCAGCCCCUCCGCCGAGAGCAAAGGCCACCGCAAUCACACCGGUUCCAACACCUUCGCCGAGAGCACUUACUCGUUCGACACUCGAUUUACUUCGGGACAAUGAUGCGGCCAUAUCUGAGACGGAUUCCAACUUUAGCAGCGAACCAGAUGAUACGCAACGCAAUAGAGAAUCGCGAUUGAAUGCUGUCAACGGUAGUGUCCACCGGGCUCCAUACACGCAGCAGCAGAACGUAUCGAAGGUGAUGCUUAACGUAGAGCAGGCUCCGUUGAAUGAUCCGGUCGUUACAUCGACCACACCAAACAAUGGCGAAAAGAAACAUCAGAAAAAUGGAUCAACUUCAUCUGUAUCGAUUAAAAUCGUCAGUAAUGGUGUUAACGAUACGCCAUCGAAACCAUCGUCCACAACAACACCGAUCGUAUCGAAAGUACAGAUUGGUGGUGGUAACCCAAUGGCUUCAAAGGAUAUUCCUGCUUCACCGGGAGACAACAGCUCGGAUGAAGAAAUUAAAAUCUAUAACAUUGAGUCUGGAAGGGCUUCGGUAAAGAAACUGCAGACGAACGGAACGGAAAUGGAACAUCAAAACAAGAAAGCAACAUCUGAAAAUCUUACCAAUGGAUCUAAAAUGAAUUCGUCCUAUGGUGAAGGUAAAGAGUCUACCAAACAGAAUGGUGAAAGCCAAGCGACGGAACAGCAGAACAACGGUACGGUGGAUGAGGAACAAUGGACGUACAAGCUACCAGCACCGCCAACAUUUGCCGAUUCUUCCAUCAAGACAAGUGAUUACGAUGAACGUGGUCAAUUUUAUCGACCGGCGUCAACAUUCGUGGAUAAUACGACACUGCGCAGCGAUAUGCUUACGGUCCUGUCGGAUGAACCGACCGAGCGCAUUGAACCAUUCAUUCAGGAGCGCAUACAAACCAUGCUGGACUUAACCGCAGGUCGGGAAACGAUGCAGCAACCGUUCUACGCUUCAACGAUGGAACAUCGGGCGGAAAGUCCGGUGAGUGUUUCCACCGAAACGGAUGCAACCAGCCAUGUUUCGGAGACUGUUCCCCACAUUAGCUCGGACGUGGAGGAUGGUUAUCGUGUUGGUGAGGAUAACCGUAGGAUGGAAGUAAAAAAUGGUGAACCAGACAGUACGCAAGAAGCACGCGAAGUGUGGCUACAAACGCUGGAGAAACGCCGUGAAAAAAUCAUCGAAAGUGAACUGGCAACAUUGAGUGAAUCAAUCAGCGGUGGUAAGGCUAGCCCGGAUGAUGCAACGGUUGUACGCACGCAGUCGGUUAAUGAAAGAAAGACUAGCGUCAUGAGUGAACUUAACCAGCUGUUGCGUGAAGGUGUCGAGCUAAGCCGAAAGGAAGAGACAGAAAUAGCCGUUGUGAACAGGAGCAGUUUGGCUAAUUUCAAGAUUUCGACCUACAGCAGUUCGGAGAACAAGGAAAAUAUCAUCACCAGCACCACAAAUACAACGAUCGUCGAGAAGCAAAUGCAAACACAACGGAUUGAGAAUGAGGAAAGUGUAAAAGCGAUUGUAACGAAUGGCGCUACCGAAGCGAACUGCAUUCCAGACAGCAAGGAAGACGAAGUGGAUGUGAUUGUACGUCGUAAAAUAUCGCUCGAUUCGAUCACCGUCCGGAAGCCGCAUUCGCUUACGCAAAGCAGCGACGAGGAUGAUCCUAUCGGUCGACAGACCAACGGUUAUACGGCUGCAACUGCAAGCGCCAAAAAGGAACUAGCACCGGUCAAGCGCCGUAGCUUGACAAUGUUAAACAAAAGUCCAAGAGUGAUCAAUCGCUCCGACUCGUUCCAUUCGACCCGAUCGGAUUACAUUCAAUCGUUGAAUUCACCCGCUCAAACCGGUACAAGUGCACCCGGCCCGUUACAUCUAACGCCGCGAAGCACUUCGUACAUAUCACUGAUCGGUGCACAACGUUGGGAAAAUCGAGCCGCUACAAGCGCAUCGCUGACCGCAGCGAACUCUUUCAAUCGCCGUAAAUCGACCAGUGAACUAAGCAUCUGCGAUUCACCGUCCCUUCAAAGCUUGGAGGUAAUAAAAAACAUUCUUAACACAUCGCGCAAGAACAGCAUUAACAAUCUGCACCAGACUAACGGAAGUGCGGUAGAAGAUGCACCGGCCGAAAAUGAAAUAGUUCUACCUUCGAUGGCUGCUAUCAAGCGCAAUAGUUUUACCGACAUCUCAACACUGGUGCAGCUGAACGGUACCGGUAAGGCGCAUAUGAACGGUGGUAGUUUGAUGACCAAUGCGGUACGGAAGGAUAGUAUCGAGGAGGCAAAGGUAGAACAGGAGCCAGAACCAGAACCGGAACAAACGUCAAAGCAGGAACCAAAACCUGAUCCACAACCGGUGCCGAUUAAUAAUAAUACGGAUGUCAACAAAACGGAAGAUGUAAAGAACGUGGAACAAAAGGUCGAGAAAGUGGUGGAGAAAAUUGUAGACGAACCGAAACAGCAGGAACAUGUGGAGAAAUUGAUCGUGCAGCAAACGGUGGAAGAGAAAAUGAAAGCAGAGGAAUCGGAAUGGAUCACCAAACCGGAAUUAACGCUAGAUGUAGCUAGCGAAUCGAAAAGUGACGAUGAGAAGUUGCAGACUAAGCAACAACAGCGUCAAAUUCAACACGGCACAGUUACAAAAGAACCACAAACGACCGUCGUAAGCAUUACUACCACCAGCACGGUUGUAAGUAGCAGCAGCGACAGUUCCAGUGUAGCUGUUACGUCCGCUAACGAAUCCGAUACGAAGAAGUGGACGUAUCAGGGACCCCCGACGAUAAGCUUUGCGACAUGGAACGAGCGACCGAAGAUCGACGUAUCGAUCAAAUCGGAUCGUGACUAUCGGUUCGGUGGCAGUUCCACGUUGCCGCGCGGUUUCCGCAACGUUAACAACGUAAGCAGCACGAAGAUAAGCAUCGGCCCGGGUGGCAGCACUACGACGACGGUAGAAUCCUCCACGACCACCGGGUAUGUACGGCAAACGAUUCACGAGGUCGAUCAAACCCAGCAGCAACAGCUAGAAGUUGUUUCGAAUGUGCCAUCAGCAACGCAAGUGUCUCAAGGGCGGCAGCAGCAGCCGCAACAGCAGCAGCAACAAGAUCCAACACCGGCGGUUGUGAAGCUUCCCGCAAACUUACCGAAGCCCACUACCACACCACCGGGUGAACGGUUACCGAUCGUGCGUGCCGUCGAGUACAAAAAGAACGUUGCCCAGCGCCAAGCGCCACCACCAAUUGAGCCAAAGCCUUCAUUCUUUUAUGAAACCUUUUCGCGCAACGAUGCGACCGUCGGUACGAAUGUUAGCAGUGUAAGCAUUAAUGGAACUGUCCCUUCCGCUAGCAUCAGCAGCAACAUCAGCCGGUUGAGCUUUGGACCCAAACCACCAACCAUGUUACAGCCGACGGUGCGUGGCUUUAAGUCGCUUGAUAUUGAGCCCACGGGAACAUCCAACGGUAUGCCCCGAUUGCGACCGGUUUCAAUGAUCGAUACGAGCACGCUUCGGAAGACAACUGUUCCAUUGGCGUCCACCGUGAUGGAAGAUACGGCACCCAAUUCGUUACCCUUUUCACAGAACACCCUUCGCCGAACGGGUUUGAAGGAUAAAAUUCUGGCAAAAGAUCCAUCGCCCGUUACGGAAUCGGUAACGUCGAGUAGCAAGGUGAACGUUACAGCUGCUGCUGCACCCGCUGCUCCGACACCCGUACGGCCAGUUUCCCUAGCGACGGCGGUACCCAUUCCACCACCGCCCGCCGCCCCAAUAUCAUCGAUUAAAGCAUCCCAACCGGUUGUGCGUGGGGCGAUCGUGAAGAAAUCUCCCGCCAACACACCGGCAAUCGAUCCGCGGAAUGCGCUGCUGGAUGCCAUUCGAAACUUCAACAAGGAUUCACUGCGGAAAGAUUAAGGAAAAACUGUUUCCCCCAGAGCAGAUUGUGUAGUACAUUCCGUGCUAGUUUGAAGGGGUCUUCUUUCUCUUUUAAAAUAAUGUAUGCUAAACCAUACAGCUAUCCAUUUGUGUAUAACUAUUUUUUUUUGUUUUGUUUUUAUAUUUUUUAUGUUUAGUGCCAAUUGUUAGUGCACACUUUGCAUGCUUAUUUUUAUUGUUUUCAAUUUUUCCGCCCCAAUAAUCUUGUUUGGGUUUUAUUAAUUAGCCUUUCACCAAAACCUACCACAAACAAUGCUAACAUAGUAAAACAGUUGAUGUCUGUGCAGAAGUAAGCACCUUUGCACAACACACAAUCGUUAUCUUUAGCGUUAGCCAAAACAAAUGCUAUCCAUACAACUGUCGUUUGAGAAACGGCAUGUAAAUGAAACAAACUGAUAUAAAUAAUCCACAACACACACAGGUACUCGGCAAGCAGGGACUCUUAUACGAGCACAUGAUAGUAUAGGAUAGGAAUAAAAUACGGCUACCACGCUAGCGAGGAUAGUUGUGUUGUAGUCAGCAUAAAGUUAGGAAAACAAAAGGUGAACCACGUAGAGAGCCAAACCACGAAAGGUUGCACGUAUGUGGGCAUAACAAAUAGUGUAGCGGUACGUGGGUGGGUUGAGCGUGAAUUGUGUAGCGAAAGGCUGGUUCCGUUUCACAGCUGGUUGUAUAUUUCAUUACUUUAUCGUUAACUUUUUUAAUGGGAAGUGUCUAAUACGUGCAGUCUAAUACGCAUAGUAUGAAGUGAACAUGUGGAUAUUAAAAGUUUACUAAUAUAAUAAA